AUGUCCAUGGCCAUGUCGAGCUUGCUCCACGCCCAGGCUGCCCCAGCCCUGCUCCCCCUCCCCCCACCCUCUCGGGACGAGUGGGACCGACCAGAGCUCGCGAGGACCACCACUUGCGAGUGCCGCGACCUCCCGGAGCCCGUGCUGCUCGCGGGGUGCGUGCCGCUACACGACGCCGAUCUCCUCGAGCCCCUCCAGAACCGUUCUGACCCCGUGUACCAGCUCAUGAUCGACCUCGGGCGCAACUACCUCCUCGCGGAAGGUUUCAUCGUCAACACCAUGGACGCGUUGGAGCACGAGACGCUGGUGGCAUACAAAGAGCUUUCUAACAAGGGCGUGUACCCACCGGCAUACGCUGUGGGUCCAUUCACCCGGCGGUGGUGCCCCGACUCCGAUGAGGUCAAUCACAGCUGCUUACGGUGGCUGGACAACCAGCCGGACGGCUCGGUCUUGUACGUGUCCUUCGGCAGCGGCGGCACGCUGUCCACGGCGCAGACGGCCGAGCAGAGGAUGAACGCGGUGAUGCUGUCGUCGGAUCGGGUGGGCCUGGCGUUAUGGGAGAGGCCUCCCCUCGGUAAGGACGGAGUGGUUGUCCCUCGGGAGGAGGUAGCGGCGCUGGUCAGAGAGCUUAUGGAAGGGGAGAAGGGCGCCGCGGCGCGGAAAAAGGCCGGUCACCUCCGGGAUGAGGCCGAGAUUGCUUCGGCGCCGGGUGGGCCUCAGGAUCGAGCUCUCGCGGUAGUGGCUGGCAUGGUUUCCUUGCAUCGGAAGAGCCGCGCUGUGUAA